AUGAGUGUCCAAAGUUAUGACAGAAAACUUACAUGUUCUUCUUUAAAGCGAAAUAUUCAAUUGUUGGAAAGGGCUUCAGGGUGCUUUACAUGUUCUAUGUGCUCACAAAACAAGGGACUGAAUGAUGGUCAUUUAAAUUAUCUAUCAAAUGUAUCUCAUAAACCUGACUCAAGUACUUCUGAUCCCGAAGUUUUUGUUUCACAUUUAACGAAGUAUCAUUCAAAUACUGAAAACCAUUUAUGCCUUUACUGUGACUCCAUUGUUCAUCGAAAUUAUUUGAUGAUUCACAUUUCCCAGCACUUACUAACUCCUUCCUCUUCAAAAUCUCCGAGAAUCUUUUCUUGUCCAUCUAAACCUCAGUGUUCUCAUGAAUUUAGUACUGAUCGUUUUCAACAUAUGCAGAUUCACUGGGACACUCAACAUAAUAGUUCAUCUGAGACCCCCAAAUUGCAAUGCAGUCAAUGCAUGAAUACAUUUUCUACAUUGUUGGAAUGGGGAGAACAUAUUAAAUUAAAUCUAUGCUCACUUGUACACUGCACUUUCCCUGGUUGCUUUGUGAAAUCGCCAUCUAGAACACUUAUCUUGGAUCACUUUCGACGAAAGCAUACUGAUUUCCUUGAUCUCAAAGAAGAAACUUCGUCCCAAUUAUUUCGCGAAACUUCGGAGUUAAUUUGUAACCAUCUUGUUACAACUGUCGCUAAGUUAGAUAAUGCAUCACAAUAUGAUUGCACUUCCUCAUUGACUGUAGUUGAUCAGGCCUCUAUUGUUAACAAGAUAUUUUCAGAUAUGUCCUCUCCAUUCGUCUUUCUACUUCGUUGUCCUUAUUGUGAUCUUACAACUAUUCGGUGGAUUUAUUUUCUGAUGCAUCCUGCUUCCUGUACAGGUAUAAGGGCAUAUUUCCGUAAUCGCCGCCAAGAAUCUGAGAAAGUACUGCCUCUAGUUUAUCGCUGCCAUAUUUACUGGUGUUCAAAAUGUCAGGUGGUAUCUACAGAGCAGAAGUUAAUUGCAGAGCAUGUUACUUAUUCUCAUAAUCCCAAGGAAGCAUCAGUCUAUCGGGAACACCUACGCGUUUCUUUACUGGAUAAUGACUCUGAACCGGUUACAACUGAUUUAUCUCUCAAUACUGAACAAAAGUCGGGAUCCUCUGCAUAUGCUCUUGAUUAUUUUCCUUCUUUUUCCUCAGUUCCUGAUGAUGAUGCAAAGGAAACUGAAUCACCUAUGAAUCUUGCAGCUUUGGCCCGACCUACUGCACCAACGUUAAUGAGUUUAACUAACCGAGUUCAACAAACGCCACCAAGCAAUGUUCAUACAGUCUCUAUUGAUCAGUCUUCAUCUAAUAAUAACGGUAUGAUAGUUAGUAACAGUUUAACCAGUAUUCCAGCAAGUUCACCAAUGAAUAUAAUAAAUAACGCUUCUGGAAACUUAAGUGCAUGUGAUGCAGCCUCAGCUGUUGCUGCUAUGGCUGCAGCAGCUCUUUCAGGUUUGACAAACUUCAACAUAAAUAAUGCUGUUCCGAAUUCAGUCAGUACAUUUUCAAAAUCAUUAGCUUGUGAUAUUUCAUCUCCAAUACCAAUUCAGCCUAAACCCAGCAUUCUGUCUACGGAAUCACUAGAUCCAAUUCAAGAUAGUAAAGAAGUCAACAAUAAUGAUGUAUUGGGUUCUCAGUCCAGCGACUCCUUAGACUCACUAGACAAAUUUGCUGAUGAUAACCUGUCGUCGGAUGAAAUUAUUCGUGGAUGCGAAGGUUUAGUUUCUUUUCCAUUCGAUGAAUGUAAAUUCCGCAGUGAACUACGUGUACAAUUGCAACCUCAUGUAAUAGAUUCAUUAGUUUUAAAAAUGAAGCAAUUCUCCUCUUACUUUGUCCGGAUUUUAGGGAAGGAAAAUCAUCGUCGUAUCCCGGUUUGUCCAGAAUGUGAUAAAGUGUUUCCAUACGGUCUUGGUGAUUUUAAACGACAUUUACUUACAGUGCAUCUGGAAGUCCCCAGAGAACAUUUGAAAGAUUGUUUGCGUUUUACUUAUCUGCCCAAAAGUGAGGAAAGGUUUCAGGAAGUUCAAGAGCAGCUCGCUAUGCGUCAGAUGAAGCCUCGUGUCCUCGAGAUUGGGCGCCGUCGUAUUCCUUUACCAUACUCAAUACGCGUUUUGCGAAGACUGACCGCCCAUCUUCCCAUUGCCACGCGAGAAUUCCUGGAGCAAAAGAUGCAGUUGUACUGUCGCCUGUCGGUUAUAGUCGAUACACGCGGAGGGUUUCGGCGGUACAAAUGCAACCAUUGUUCUUACUCAUCACCACAUGCCCUGGCUGAUGUGAGGAAGCAUAUAUUGGGGUCUCAUUGUGGCAUAUCGACUAAACAUUUUCGCCACUGUCUCCAAGCAUCCCGCCUGGAUCCUGUUGAAUUUACUUUGUUCUCUGAUGAAAAGUUAGCUCGUCUCGCUAGAGAUUUUUUACAUAGACGUCUGGUUUCAAAUAAUCCAACCAGCCCAAACGCUUCACCAAAUCCAGUAGAUGAGAAUCAUCCUAUUUCUUCCGUGACUCCUUCUACGACUUUGGCUACAGCGUUGAAUAGUUUGUCUUGUACACAAGACUCGUAUGGCUCUAAUUUUACUGCCGUUGUUCCGGGUUCCAAAACCAAAGUUACUGUAAGAAUUCGACCCCUGGUGCCUCCAGAUUUUCAUCCUCCUAAUUCUACGAGUCCUAUCCAAUCAACUGAUGAUCACAUCAAUGGUUCCCCUGUUACAUCUAAUAUAGAACAGUCGACAACUAACUCAAGUGUGGAUUUAGCUUCACUCCCAUCUAUACCAGGAAUAGAAGGCGCUGAUAAGGUUGUUGAUCUUGCCUUGCCAUUUUCUGAACCAGUUCUUCGUCAUUUGUUGGAAUCCUCUGGUGCUCCUGAACACCAUAUAGAAGACAUAGUAUCGAAAAUGCGCGUAUAUUCAACUUACAAAAUGAGCCGAAUAUGUCGUAAUGAUCGCACUAUAGCUUUCCGCUGUCCAUGUGGGCGUCUUUUCAUCACUACUCGACAACCUGACAGUAAAAUUCGCGCCGCAACAUUGGCUGAUAGUAGGCGCCAUGUGAUGGGUGUUCAUGCUCGUAUUCCAAAUGUAUUUAUCACCAUUUGCUGCCAGGCUUCUCGUAUUACUAGGGAAUAUGAUUUUCAAAUCUAUCCUGAUGAUAUGCUUCUUCGACUAGCUAUGGACAGACCCAUUAAACUUAAUAAUCUUCCUAAUGUUGGUCCUCCUGACGUAACCACUACCAGUAUGAAUGGUCGUUCAGCACCAUCUAGCUUCGCAAAACCUUUGAAAGAAUUGGCUCCUUAUCCUUCUGUGCCUACAACAGCACUUCAGCAGUCGAUGAAUACUCACUCUGUUUCAUCUUCGCCUCGAACACAAAUCACAGAUGUUACUGAAACAGACUCAGUAAGUGAAGGGACUGAUACCGGUGCAGCAAGUGGUUCAAUUUGUCAUGAUGAUUCACUCACUAAAUAUGACAGUAAUGAAAAUGAUGAUAAAGAAGUUUCAGAUAUUGAUCCUAAAAAGAUGCAGAAAGAAGUGGAAGAUCCGCUUGCACAAUUAAAUGCUGUCCAGGCUUCUGGUGCAGAGGAAGUGGAACGUGUAAUUGAUCUUCCAUAUUCAUCCGAAGCUUUAAAAACUUUAGUACAAGGCUACUGUCCACCCAACUAUUUUCCGGUUCUUGAGGCUAAAAUGGGUGUCUACAGUUCACUAAAAGUGUACAUUACCAGACGGCGAGGUAGGAGAUAUUUCUGCUGCUCUGGUUGUUCCUCAUCUUCACCACAUGGAAUGGGUGACAUUCGAAAGCACAUACUGGGUGUGCAUGCUAAAGUACCGGAACGCUACAAAGCUGCUGCUAUGCAUUGUAGCCGCCUCAGUCGUGAAGAUAACACUCUAUUACCAAAUCAUGUUUUACUUCACUUGGCUAAAAUGAAAUGGAAAGGAACUGUGAUUAAACCACUGUCUGAAAUGGACCUCAGUCAGUUUGGAUCUCGUCGUGCAUCAGCUGUUGGUUUACCUCGCCCAUCAGGCCAGUUUGCGUCUCAGGUUUAUCAACCUACUAUCCACCGAGAAGUUGUGAGUUUUAAUCGCCCUGAACAUUUUUCUUCCAGUCCAAGCAAACAUCCAGUGAAUAAAAGUUUGUCAAAGAUGUCUGCUCAAGAUGCUGGAAUCGUAGAUGAAAGCGAAGCCACCGAUCCAAACAGAACAGGAGGGAAUUUACCAGAAGAAGAUAGGACUAACGAACAUGAAAGUGAAGAGGUGAAUGGAAAUUCUAGUGUCGUUGAUAAUGAUGACAUGGAUUUACCCAAAAUACCAACUAACAUUUUCCACAAUUCAAUUGAUUACCAAUUGAGUAAUAAUAGUUUCGAUUUGUCAAGACCAGCUAAAAUAUUACGGCUUAAUGAUAGUGCUGAUGAUGACAAUACUCUUAUUGUAUAUCCAUUGCAAAUCAAUGGUAUUUCUUCUGUUCAUAGUUCUCAUGAAAAUAUCCCUGGCUUAUGUAAUCCCUUUCCAGCUAUUCAAAUAUCUAAUACACCUGUAUUUGAAGCACAAAACAAAUCAACUAUUACUCUUAGUGGGUCUAGCCGUCGUAAGCCUAAUAAAAUGCACUUAGUACAGCUAAGACCAGAUUAUUAUUCAGAGUCGAAUUUCCAGUCGAUUCAUUCAAUUAAUCCUGUGGUAGACAAUUCUACAGUUUCCUUAUCAAAUCAACAGUCUAAUGACACAAAUUCAAUGCAUUCUCAAAUAACAAAUAGUGAUAAUAAUAGUAUUGUCGGAACAGACUGUGAUCACCUUACUAAAAUCAAUCAUCCACCUGUUAAUUCGGUACAUAAUCGUAUAGGUGUAUAA